AUGGCUGCCGACCAAGCCAAAGACCGAGGUAACCGUGCCUUCUCCGCGGGCCUCUACGCCGACGCCGUGGCUUCCUUCUCUGAGGCGCUGGCCGUUUCCCCCAGUGCCCCCAACGCGCACAUCUUCUAUAGUAAUCGCUCGGCCGCACAGCUGAAGCUUCACAAGGCCGAGGAGGCGCUGAAGGACGCGGACCAGUGCAUCGCGCUCAAGUCCGAUUGGCCCAAGGGGUACUCGCGUCGCGGGUCUGCUCUGUAUGCUCUAGGGCGUUACACCGACGCUUAUCGAGCAUACAAGGAUGGCCUGAGUCGUGAGGCAUCGAAUGAGGGGCUCCUUGAAGGGCUACGAGCCGUGGAGGCCAAGUUAUUUUCUCAGACAGCCGGCACGUCAUCUCGAGCGUCUUCUUCAGCUUUUACGCUGUCCCCCGCCACCAAUUUGAAGAGUUUUCUGAUUGGCAGCAAAAUCAACAUGUUCCAGCUGUUCCAGUUCACUCUGCGCAGUCUCUUGCUGCUCUUCUUCGUCAACUUUUGGAUUCCAGUGCUACUUUCGAGUUACGUGGCGUACGUCAACUUUUUCAAGGUGGCGCUAAUUAAUCACGCCAGCUACCUAGCGUUUAUCCAUGGGGUACCCAGGUGGAGUGCGAUGUACGCAGAGCGUCUAUUUCUAGACCCGGCAACGCAAGCGCUCUUCUUUUGCCUCGUCUUCUUCUUCUCGCCUCCAUACAGUCUAGCGAUGGUGCCAGUCUUCUUGCAGGAAAUGGUCCACUACUCCACGUAUCUGGGGUCAUUGCUGCAGGUGCUGGGCUUGGCAGAUACGAUGGUGGUGACGCUCGUGACAAGCAAAGCGUUGGUACCGCUCACUGCUUUAAUCAUCAGGGAUUCGAGCUUUCCGACAUUAGCGACGAGUGCUAAAUGGACCAAGCUGUACUCCCGCAUUCCACAGGUGGCUGCGAACAUUGAUCUGGCAAUCGGGUUUGCGAUGAUUGUUGAGCUGCUCCUGCCGUCACGGAACUUCUUGCUGCUUGUGCUGUACUGGCAGGUGAUGCGUGUGCGGUACAUGAUCUCGCCGCAGCUGCAGGAAGCUUUCCGCUCGCUGCAUGCUACGAUUCUCACUAUUGUGAAUCACCCGCGCUGUCCUGCUGCGAUCCCUUCUAUCUACGAGAAGAUCCGUGCGUUGGUUGCCAAGAUGGGCGACGCGGCCUCGCAGCAACAGCAAGAUGCGCCCGGUGCUGGAGGUUUAGUCUCGCGCUGCAACGUCAUGUAG